AUGCGGAUUCUGUCAUGGAAUAUAAGAGGUAUGGGUUCUAAUGUGAAAAUCUCAGAGCUUAGGAAGUUUAUUCGUAUUUAUAGAAUUGAGAUGGCAUUGUUACAAGAGACUAAGAAGGAGCAUUUUAAGGAUACUGAAAUUAGUAGUUUUUGGUGUGAUGAUGACUUUGAAUUUAGAUUCUCAAAAGCAAUGGAAAAAUCUGGGGGUAUUCUGUCUGUUUGGGAUAAGAGUAGAUUUCACAUCCUGGAUAGCUUAAUUACAGAUAGAUUUGUUUUGAUAGAAGGGAAGUAUGCUUCACAUGAUUUGAUAUUUUCUGUUAUGAACGUUUAUGCUCCUUGUGAAGUAUCUGAACAAGUCAUAGUAUGGAAUGCAAUUGUAGAAGUUAGGAGGAAAAAUAAGAAUAGAUGGUUCAUGGCAGGUGAUUUCAAUGCAAUAAAAAAUAACAGCGAGAGAAGCGGGUGUUUUUACAGACAAACAGAGAUUGUAGAGUUCAAUUCGUUCAUAGAGGCUUGUAAUCUUGUUGACAUGCCUUUAUCUGGGAGAAAAUUUACGUGGUUUGGACAGGGAAAUAGAAAGAGUCAUUUAGAUAGAAUUUUUGUUGAAGAUGAAUGGUUUAAUGAAAAUAGUGAUGCAACUCUUUUUGGUUUACCGAGAACAAUCUCGGAUCAUAUCCCUAUACUAUUGGGGAAGAAAGUGGUGGAUUGGGGGCCUAGACCAUUUAAACUGAUUAAUUGUUGGUUAAAUCAUGAGAUUUGUAUUGAGAUUAUUAAGAAGACAUUGCAGCAGGAAGAAGAAAGUGAUGUAGAUUUAAGCAUGAAAUUAAGAAGGGUGAAAGGAGCACUUCAGAAAUGGAAUUUACAGAGCUAUUGGAAUGUUGAUAUUAAAGCAAAAUGA